AUGGCCUUCACUCCGCGCCAACCAAGACAGCCAGUCAGGCUUCAUGCCGGUGCCUUCUCCCGCAACCGCCCGGUCGUCAUCGCCACGACUCUUGUCGUCGCCGCCUUGGCGACAGUCAAGUACCAGUCCUCGUCCAUGAGAUCCAAGGAACAGGCCGCGCCCGACCUAUACGUACGCGUUGACCGCAGCGGAGGCGGUGUCUGA